GCUGAUAGCUAUAAAAGAUUUUCUCCUUUCAUUUCCCAGGGAGUUUCUCCUUUGAUGUUGGGUGGUAAUCAGCACAGCUUUGAAGCACGUCCCGAGUGAGCCGGGCUGCCACUUGAUACUGUCUUGGUGACCACACAGAAGAUGAAGAACUACAUGUGAGGAGCAUCAGAUGUCCUUUCUACCAGGAUCUUGUGGCUUCUACAACACCUUGAACAAGCUCUCAGAGGCGUCUGUUAAGUACCCAGGAGGAACAACUUAAUUUGUCAAGACAAAACUGACCCAAACAUUGAUGAUUACAGGACUGAAGAGACUCUGCAGCACUUAGCUUAUGAAAUGUGCUGGACUGAACUUAGCUAAAGCAAACUUAGUCAGAACUACAUCAAAAUAGUUCAAGCUAUUCUGAGUUUACAUUUGCAGAUACUUUACAACUUGUUGCAGCAUCCUGUCCUUCCUUUCACUGGACUCUUUGCAAGAGCUCUACACCUGAUAAAACAUAUUCAUUGACCUCUUCAACCCAAAUUCACUCAGUUUCGUAGACCCGUUUCAAGGGUCUUGGACAUUGUUUCCUAUCUCACUGAGGAGGAAUAUUCUCUCCUCCUCCCAAAAUCUUGACAACCUCUUCCUUCAACCCAGACAUGGACCUCCACAGAGCAGCUUUCAAGAUGGAGAGCUCAUCCUAUCUCCCCAAUCCACUGGCCUCUCCAGCACUCAUGGUCCUGGCCUCUACUGCAGAAGCUUCUCGUGAUGCCUCCAUUCCAUGCCAGCAGCCACGUCCAUUUGGCGUUCCAGUCUCUGUUGAGAAAGAUGUCCAUUUGCCAUUCAACAAUGGUUCGUACACUUUUGCAUCAAUGUACCACCGCCAAGGAGCUGUCCCACCGGGAUUCCCCAACAGAGAUUUUCCUCCCUCCCUGCUCCACCUCCACCAUCAGUUUGCCCCACCUAACCUGGACUGCUCACCAAUCAGCAUGCUUAAUCAUAGUGGUGUUGGAGCUUUCAGGCCUUUCACCUCUCCCCCAGAAGACCGGGAUGGGACACCAGGGGGGUAUCAGUCUGCUUUCACCCCAGCCAAGCGCCUCAAAGGCUGCCUGGAUGCUGAGGCUUCACCACACCUUCGGUACUCUGAUGCUGAAGGGAAAGAGUAUGACUUUGGAGGUGCCCAGAUCCCUCCUGGCAGCUCACCCAGCAGUGCUUUGAAGGCAGUUGAAGAUAGUGGAAAAAAGAUCUUCGCUGUGUCAGGCCUUCUGUCUGAUCGAGAGGCUUCCUCCAGCCCUGACGACCGCAUUGAGCGCUGUAAAAAGAAGAUCUCCCUAUACGACAGUCAGGCUCCAGUCUGUCCCAUCUGCCAGGUGCUGCUUCGGCCCGGAGAGCUGCAGGAACACAUGGAGACAGAGAUUGAGAGGCUAGCAAACAUGUGCCUCAGUAAGAACCCUUCAUCUAAGGAUGGUGCAGCCACUCCAGGAACCCCUAAGUCUAUGCUGUUGUCGGUGCACAUCAAGCGUGAGGGAGAGUCUCCUGUGGUGUCGCCUCUGUCAUCCGAAGAUGCCCACCAUUCUGACAGAUACCAGACGUUUUUACGAGUUCGGGCAAACAGGCAAACAAGAUUAAAUGCCCGUAUAGGAAAGAUGAAGAGGAGGAAGCCUGAGGAAGGGGGCCAGGUAUGUCCGCUCUGCAGUGCCCCAUUGGCUGGGAACGAGGAGGAGAUGAGUAGACAUGUGGAACAAUGCCUGCUCCAGCGGGAAGGUGCAUUAGGUGAUGAUGACUCUGCAGACAUGGAUGGUGAGAAUGGGAGGGGCUUUGAGGAGUACGAGUGGGCUGGACAAAAGAGGAUCAGAGCAACGGCUUUACUGGAGGGAGGCUUCAGAGCAACAGGUUUCGCCACGUGUAGUAUUAAGGAGAGCGCGGCAGAUAGUGACGCUGACCUAGACGUGGAUGGAGAUGACACAUUGGAGUAUGGCAAGGCUCAGUACACUGAGGCUGAUAUCAUCCCCUGCUCCGGAGCUGGAGAGGACCAAGGAGAAGCCAAGGAGAGGGAGGCACUACGAGGAGCCGUGCUCAAUGGUGGGAUGCCUUCCAACAGAAUAACGCCAGAGUUUUCCAAAUGGGCCAGUGACGAGAUGCCUUCUACAAGCAAUGGAGAGAGCAGCAAGACAGAGUCCAACACACCUUCAUCCUCCUCUUCUACUUGUGCACCACGUACCUGUAAAAACAGUGAGAUUGAAAAAGUAACAGAGGAGGAGUCCACGGCUACCACUAUGGAGGCAUUAAAGGCUCGAAUCAGAGAGCUGGAGAAGCAGAUACUGCGGGGAGAUCGAUACAAAUGCCUCAUUUGCAUGAGGAAGCCUGCUAUCCAGUCAGGCAUGGAGAGCAAGAUCCUAGGUGUGUGGCCAGGGCCCCGGCCACUGGCCAAUGAGGUUGGAGUGAGGCAGCCUAAGUCCCUCCCCCUCGGCCUGUACUACCUGUACAGGGGCCUUAUGAUUGGUGGCUACAGCAGCAGCAUAAAGAGGCUCCUCCCACAGCCUCUACGGAGGGACUCCUAUACGAUGCCACUCACCUCCAUCCAGUGCUGGCACGUCCAUUGUGAAGAAUGCUGGCUCAGGACUCUGGGGAAUAAGAAGCUGUGCCCACAGUGCAACACCAUCACCUCACCUGGAGACCUCAGGCGUGUCUACCUGUAAAGAGCACAGUCACCCACCGCCUCCACCUCAGAUUUCAUCCCCCUCCAUGUCAGUCAUCAAUUUGUCUUCUGUCCUUUGUGACCUGGGUCGGUCCCUCAAAUCUCCCCCAACAGCACACAAAGACAACCUGGCGUUCUUUGGUACUGCGUUGGCUCUGAGAUGAGGGUGAAAUGAGCUGGAAGGAACUGAGCAGCACUCACUGACUCUGGCUGUCUGGUUGUCCACAAUAGUGCGAAA